AUGAUGGCCCUUAGCAAUUCCAGCUUGAGGCUUCUUCAGCCUUCUUUUUUCCUGGUAGGUAUUCCAGGUUUGGAGGAAAGCCAGCACUGGAUAGCAUUGCUCCUGGGCAUCCUUUACACACUUGCUCUGGUGGGAAAUGUCACCAUUCUCUUCAUCAUCUGGACUGAUCCAUCCCUGCACCAGCCCAUGUACCUCUUCUUGGCCAUGCUUGCCACCAUUGACCUGGUUCUGGCCUCCUCUACUGCACCUAAAGCCCUUGCAGUACUCCUGGUUCAUGCCCAUGAUAUUGGCUAUACUGUAUGCUUGAUCCAGAUGUUCUUCAUUCAUGCAUUCUCCUCCAUGGAGUCAGGAGUGCUUGUGGCCAUGGCUCUAGAUCGUUAUGUAGCCAUUUGUCACCCUCUGCACCAUUCCACCAUCCUGCAUCCAGAAGUCAUAGGGCACAUUGGAGUGGCAGUGCUGGUGCGAGGAUUAAUCCUACUAACCCCCUUCCCCAUCUUGCUGGGACGCCUCAUCUUCUGCGGGGCUACUAUCAUAGGCCAUGCUUACUGUGAACAUAUGGCUUUGGUAAAACUUGCCUGCUCAGACACUACAGUGAACCGAGCCUAUGGGCUGGCAGUGGCACUGCUUGUGGUUGGACUAGAUGUUUUGGUCAUUGGUAUUUCUUAUGCUCUCAUUCUCCAGGCAGUUCUAAAGGUACCAGGGGCUGAGGCCCGACUUAAGGCUUUUAGCACAUGUGGGUCCCAUGUAUGUGUCAUUCUGAUCUUCUACGUCCCUGGAAUAUUCUCCUUCCUUACUCACCGUUUUGGCCAGCACGUACCUCAUCACAUCCAUGUUCUUUUGGCCACACUUUACCUCCUUGUACCACCUGCACUCAAUCCUCUUGUCUAUGGGGUGAAGACUCGGCAGAUCCAGCAGCGGGUGCUCAGGCUAUUUUAUAUAAAAGCAACAAUCUAA